AGACAUAAUAUUUUGUUUCCUAUCUUCAUCACACUCCAGUCCAGUUGAUGUCGGUAAUGCACCUUAAAUUGGUUUGUCAACCGCCAUUAAAUAAAAGAAUAUGAUUAAGAACAAGAAAGACACGAGGUAAGAAGGACGCUGCCACUUCAAGUUGUACAAUAUGGAGCAGGUGUGGCCAGCAAUGCAGGUAUGUCUAGAUAUGGCAUAUACAGGUGAAGAGGGGGUCUCAGGUGAAGUGUGUGAUGAGGAGGAAAAGAAUAACCUCACACUACACAAGAGCCUCGUGUCUGUGCCUACCAUGGAGAACAGAUGUGUGAACAUCAAGGAAGAGGACUGUGAGUGGGAGUCUGCUUACUUACAGCAGGAGCACCUCAGCAUUAAGGAGGAGGUGGACUGUGACAUUAAAGAAGACUCUGAACCAGCUUCUGACAUCAACAUUCAGAGAAGUGAAACUAUCAGUGGCAUAAAGAAAGAAAACCUUAAAUUAGAGUCGGACUCUCUGUGUUUCUAUCCCGAUGAAAAGGCUCCUGGAUUAGGCUUGACACCCAGUAGUCUGUGCUCCCUGCAACAUCAUCUGAAGGCUGAAUCUGUAGAAUCUGACUUGAAGAAGACUGCAAACGCAUUGAGGGAUAUCCAUCAUGAAGAAGAUUUCCUAAAGAGUGACAACUGCUUAUCUUCAUUGGCUCAGACUUCUCUACAGUGCAGAUCACAACAGACGCCACAUGAUGAAAAUAUGAAGAAAUCAACAUGUGCAUCAGAGAGUUUGAGAUCAGCUUUUUUGGAAGAUGGCUGUCUGCUUGGUGAUGCAAUUGACACUCAGUUGGAGGAACUUGGUAUAAAUUCAUCAACUUCAUUUGUCUGCCAAGAGCAGAAGGAACAAUUUAAAAGUGAAUCGAAAUGCAAACAGAGUCAGAAUAGACAGAAGCCCUAUAGCUGUUUGGAAUGUGGCAAACAUUUCUCACUAAAGAGCAGCCUAAAGAAACACAUGCGAAUUCACACUGGAGAGAGGCCAUAUUCUUGUACCACAUGUGACAAGCGAUUCUCCACCAGUGGGAAUCUUCAGAUCCACACAAGAAUCCACACUGGAGAAAAGCCAUAUUGCUGUUCAGACUGUGGUAAAAAAUUCUAUGAUAAGGGCCAUCUUCGGUCCCAUAUAAAAAUUCACAAUGGAGAAAAACAGUAUUGCUGUUCUGAAUGUGGUAAACGAUUCUUGCACAGCAACAGUCUUCGGACCCACAUGCGAAUUCACACAGGUGAAAGGCCAUUUUGUUGUUCUGAAUGUGGGAAAGGAUUCUCCUCCAGUGAGCUCCUUAAGACCCACACAAGAAUUCACACCGGAGAGAAGCCUUAUUGUUGUUCUGAAUGUGGGAAACGAUUCGCUGAUAGAAGCAGUCUUCGGAGACAUAUGAAAAUUCACACUGGAGAAAAGCCAUUUUAUUGUUCUGAAUGUGGUAAAGGAUUCUUGUACAAGAACCAACUUCAGAGCCACACAAGAGUUCAUACUGGACAGAAGCCAUAUUGUUGCUCUGAAUGUGGCAAAGGAUUUUCAGCAAGCAGCAGUCUGCAGAAACACAUGAGCAUUCACACUGGACAGAAACCAUAUCACUGUUCUGAAUGUAACAAGCAAUUCACCGACAGGAGCCGUCUUCAAAUACAUACAAGAAUGCACACUGGUGAGAAACCAUUUCAUUGUUUUGAAUGUGGGAAACAAUUUUUCAGCAAUUACAAUUUACAAGUACAUUCAAAAAUUCACAUUGGAGAGAGGCCAUAUUGCUGUUCAGAAUGUGGCAAGCGAUUCUUGUGCAAGAGCCAUCUUCAGAUCCACGUAAGAACACACACAGGAGAGAAGCCAUAUUCCUGCUCUGAAUGUGGUAAGCGGUUCACCACCAACAGCAGUCUGCAUUGCCAUAUCAGAAUUCACACAGGAGAGAAGCCUUAUUCUUGUUCUGAAUGUGGCAAAGAAUUCUCUGAUAAAAGUAGUCGUCGAAAUCAUUUAAGAAGUCACACAAGGGAGCAGGAAAAAAAUAUAAAGAGAUGGCACGACUUGUUGCUUUUAGGAUUUAAUUAUGACAACUGAUUUUUAGAGUUCUGGGCAGGUGGUUCAAUUUUUGUCUCCUCAGGCUCUCAGAGUCUUUUAAAUGUUGUUUGGAAAACUUCAAGCUGGCUGUUAUAGACUUCUACUUGAUGGAGUGCUGCUGAGGUGGUCGUCCUUCUGACACGUUCUGCCAUCUUAGCACAAGACUUGUGAAUCUCUGACCGAGUGACCACUGGGUUCUUGGUCACCUACAUAACCAAGACCCUUCUUACUCAAUUAUUCAGUUUCCCCUGGUGGUUCCAAACUUCUUCCAUUUCACAAUUAUUGGGGUCACUGGGCUCCUGGGAACACACAAAACUUCACAAAUGGCGCUAUCUCAUUGCCCGAAUCUGUGCCAUCAGAAUUUGAUCACAGAAGUCCACAGAGAGGUCCUUGAACUUCAUGUUUGGUUUUUAUCCUGCUAUAUCAUGUAAUCUGUGGGACUUUCUCUACACAGGCAUGUGUCUUUGUAAACAGUGUCCAGUUAUAUCAGUUUGCCACAGGCGGACUCCGGUUAAGUUCUACACAUGUGUCAAGGAUGAGCAUGAUUUGAAGAGAAAGAGCCGAGGUUCUGACAACUUAUACAAGUGAGGAGUUUCACUUUUUAAUGAAUUUGCUAACAUUUCUGACAACCUGCUUUCACUCUGUAACUAUGGGUUAUUGAGUGUAGAUUGAUAAUAAUAAUAAUAAUUCAUUUAUGUAGAGCUUUUCUCGAUGGUCAAAAGAUGGGACAUGAAAACGUUUAAAGUGAAAUCUGCAACACAAUCAAGUGUGCAAAAAGUGAGGGAGUCUCA